GGAGAGGUGCUUCCAAAGGCCCCUCAAGGCCACUCCUCUAAUUCCCUCCUCAGAGCCGUCCCCGGACUUGGGGAUGGAUUUCGGGGAUACCAAAGGGCUCCCCAUGGAUCUGCCUUGUUACCAUGGCCCUCUGUCCAAGAAAGACUGCGAGACUUUGCUGCUCAAGGAUGGGGUGGAUGGCAACUUCCUGAUAAGGGACAGCGAGUCCAUGCCGGGAGUGCUGUGCCUCUGUGUCUCGUUUAAAAAUUUCGUCUACACAUACCGAAUCUUCAAAGAGAGACACGGGUUUUACAACAUACAGACCGUGGAAGGCGCUCCCAAGAAGAUCUUUCCAGACCUAAAGGAAUUGAUCUCCGCAUUUGAGAAACCAAAUCAAGGGCUGGUGGUCCACCUUGUACGGCCAAUAAAGAAAACCAGCUCCCGCCUGAGAUGGAGACGGUCACAGAUAAAGUUGGAUAAUAUUUACGAGAACAGUAACAGUGAAUAUGUGGAGGUCUUGCCUUGAAGACAAGGAGACUGAACAAAGCAAUUCGAGAAGACGUCAGGUGUCAGCUCUCACUGGUGACCCUGCUUCUCCUGCAGAUGUGGACCUGGAAUGCUGAGCUGUAAGUGAGCUAUUCAGACUCUCCUGGACUGGGCGACUGAAGAUGUUCUGUCCACCAGCCUCAGAGAACUCGCUCCCCAUGUCCCCACCUCCCAUGCAUCCACCACGAGCAGCUUUGAAGCCCCUUUCCCCCUAAGCACUCUUCUUUCUGGGAAUAGGACAGCCUGAACCUAUUCUCCCUGACUUAUCAAAGAUACCACUACAUCAUGGGUGACACCCUCCUUUAGACCAGGCAAUCAGAAGCACAGCUUCAUACAGAAGAGAACCCACUUGGCCGUGAGCUAGGAGCCUGAGUUCCAGCCCUGUGGCUACGUGACUUCGGAUAAACCUCUUCUCCAGGUUGGGUCUCCAUUUCUUCAUCUGUAAAACAAACACUGCCCCUGCCCCUGUGCUGAGCCCAGCUGUAUCUGGUGGAGUUGAGGGGUCCUGGGGUGAUGGAGAUGUACUUGGAAUUGGCAUGGGUCUCCAUCCUCCCAAACAGCCAACAUGGUCUCUGCACCUGCCUGUCCUGGGCUUGGUCAUGACGGAGGCCCUGACCCCUCCCACACCCUUCUCCCCCUUCAUUCUAGCUCUCCUCUUUCUUACUAAUCUUGAUAUUCCUGCCAAACACAUCCAUGGAUGCAUUAUCUCCCUGGUUUUGCCCAAUUUCACUAAUGCACGAACCACUUCAGCAGCAUGGAUGUAGCUGUGUACCACACUGAUAGGUGUGGGGAUUUUAAAGGUACCCUCCUUCGUGUGGUUCCUGUUCCCACUGGAUUCUAAGUGCCCCCCAAAGCACGCUUGGGUCUCCCUCCUAUUCCCCAGAGUGGAAAUGUGUGCUGUGUAGAGCUGUGCCCGUUCACAGAACUUUCUGACAGGAAGCACAUUCCUGAAGGGUUUGUUGAAUUGGUUCUAAGUCCUUUGAAUUUUUCUGCUGGUUCGACAUUCUAACUAAAACCUGAUUAGUGUGGAAUGUGCCAAUUCUAUGCCCAUCCUCUUACCUAUCUUCAAGCCAUAGUGAUUCAUUUUACCCUACUGGUCUUAUCUUUCAAAGUUAUUCAAGAGAGGAGCUCGAGAUUUCCGGAUGACAUGAACAGACAUUGUGGUUGGAGUCCCAAAGUGUAAGCCAUUCUGAGUUUCUGGCUCAUAGAAAUCCAGAGCUAUUACCAAGUAGGUAAGAAGUGAAAUGCAGUCACCAUAUUCAGAGAGCUGAGGGCACCAGAAGCAAGCCUGCUUCUUGGGGUUCAGUCCCUAGUCUUUGAUUCUAUAUCCAAAGAAGCAUGUGUCAGUUGCCAGAGUCCCGAGCAAUCUUUGGCACAGAAAACAUAUUCAGGGCCAAUGAAAAUAUAUUUAUUUCUUGAACAAAUGACUGAAUAAGUUAGUAGAUAAAAUGUAGCCACUCGUUCCAGAUAGCAGAGAUUUGUUUGAGCUUCAUUCAUUUCAGAACCUAGUAGAACAAGACUGUUAGUUCAAGACCUUGCAGUCGUAAUUCUCGUAGAAGUGAUUUCCUUUUUCUGAGUACCCUUGCAUAGCACUUUACAUGAUGCUUGGUCCCCCGUGGGAUUUCACCGCAUUUCUCAACCAAGCAAGCCACACUGAGUAGCCGAUGUGGAUGCCAUACUAUAAUUUGCUGAAAUUUUUUUAGAAGACCUUGAACAGGUCACGUGAAGGACAGUUGCAAGAUCCGGGUAGGUGGGACAGGAAGCAGUGGGGGGGGGGGGGAAGACCUGAGAAACAAUAAUGGCAGGUGUAUUAAGUGUUUGGGGUGCCAUUCUGUGACAGAGGAUGCAACGCCUACCAGCA